AUGAAGGGAAAGAAAUUGUUGGAUGAUGAUGAGGAAUUUUUAAGAUCGAAAUCAUAGAUGGUAUAAUAAUAAACUAUAGGAUAGGAUGUAUUUCCUAAGUGGCAAGAAUUGAAACCAUUGGGUAAAAAUAUCCAUAGAAGAUCAUAUCAUUCAUGUGUGGCUCAUGAGAAUUAGUAAAUAUAAAAUGUAUAACGUUAGUCUUUAUGUGUAUGGGGGAUAUGAAACUAAUGAAGGAAUUUUGAGUGAUUUUUGCAGAAUUCCAUCACCUGUUUCACCAAAGUCUUUUUGUUGGACAAUCUUGAUGAAGAAAGCCGCAGGAGAUAAUGCAUAAGAUUAAGUUCCAGGGCCAUUAAGAAAUCAUACAGCAGUAGUUCAUUAGAAUAAAAUGUACAUAUUUGGAGGAAAGGAAAACUUGAUGUCACCAACUGCAAGAUUGUGGAUCUAUGAUUUUUAGGAGGAAGUAUUUGUUGAGGGAAAGGAGUGCAUAAUAGAUGGCAAGAAGAUGGCAGUGGAAGGGCAUCAAAGUUGUCUUUGGAAUGAACAGGUAAUGUGCAAACGAUAAUGUUAGUAAUACAUGGUUGUCUUUGGAGGAUUUUACAGUGAUACUGGAUAUAGAUCUUCAAUACUAUUUUAUGAUCUAUAGAAGGAAGUUUGGUCAAUGAUAUUCAAAGGAGAUAACAAUUCAGCACAAUUCCCAAAAGGAAGAGCAGAAGCAGGAGUUACAUUAAUUGGAAAUUAAUUGUAUGUAUAUGGAGGAUGUAAUUACGAGUCGAGAUUUGGGGACUUUUGGAAAUUUGACUUGGAAAAUAGAUAGUGGGGAUUAAUUGUAACAGAAAAAUCUCCAGGAGUAUAUAUAGUUUUAUUGAUAUCAUAUAGACAAGAUCAUCCACAUCCUUACUAGUUCAUCCUUAAGGGAUUAUGUUAUUUGGUGGAAUUCAUGAUAUAACCCAUGAGAAAAACGAUUUGUGGUUAUACAGAGGGAAUGAAUGGAUUUAAUUGGAAGAAGAUACAAGCAGAAGACAAGUGGCAGAUGAAAUGCUAAAUGAGUCUGCCUUCGACAAGGCUAGUCAAGCAAGACCAUAGAAGAAGGAGAAGGGUAAGAAUGAACCUAGAUCCUUUUUAUUGUUGGAUGAUGAGCAAAAGAAUUCUCUUCAUUAAAGACGAAAUUCUGUGAAAAAUCUUGAUUAAAAGUAACCCACUGAUACAAACAAUAAUUUCUAAUUAAAUAGUAUGGAUGAAUUGAAGAAGAAACGAUUGCAACAAAAGAAAAACUAAAUGCUGUAUUGAAAACAUUGUAUAAAAAUAGGGCCGAAUUCGAAAUGAAUGAAGAAGAAAAAUCAAAGUUUAGGAGUUCAUCACCCACAACAGAUUAAAUUAAAAAUUCAAUAAGUGUGAUCACAAAUUAAGAAAAAUAAGGUGGAUAAAGAAAAAUACAAUCACCAACAGGCAAAAAGAAUGCGAUAUAGGCAUCUCUUAGUGGCAAGAAACCAUGCGCUAGGGAUGGUCAUAGUGCUAUUGUAAUGGGUGACAUAAUGAUCGUAUUUGGAGGAGACAGAAAUUUAAUGUCCUUUAAUGACAUCUAUAUGUACUCGUUCAAUUAGAAAUGA